AUGCCAAACAGCCUCAUUCCAACCCAUCUCUUGUGUCUGCCUGGGGAUAGAACACCUGAAGAGGAUCUUUUGGAGAAAAAGGGAGAUAUCCAGUUGAUUCAAAGGUACAGAUGGAAUCUUCACCACAAUGGCAAAAGUACUUGGAACACAGACCGGGUCGAUUUGGCAGGACUCCUUAAGGUAGAGCUUGCAUUACGGGAGAACGAUCAGCGUCACGUGGCGCUCACGGGAAAGCUCGAUGCGAGAAGGCGAUACGAGAUUAAUGUAAAACUAAAGUUUGCUGAGGAAAUUACUGAGGUGCAAUCAAUCGAAUCAGAGAUCAAAAAGCUUAUAAGGGAUUAUUGGGACUUAGAACGACGUUGGUGGCAGAUUAGAUCUUCGUUCCCCAGGACUCCACUAAGCAGAGGUGUGGACUUAUGGCGAUCAAAUCCUAUGUGGUAUUUGCACCAGGACCUCCGGGAAGACUGUGCCGGCCGAGGUGGAUGCUGCGAGCAAGAUUGUGGAUGCUGUCCCAAGCGUAGAGAAAGACCCGGACGAAAUCUGGCUGCCGGCCACUGCACUGUUGAAUGUUCUUGUUGCGAGAAAGUACGAGGGUUUGAGCUUGAUGCAGAGCAGAAGAGGAUGUAUCGAAAGGCUUUCGGUCUUGGAAGCGAUUGGAUUACAAAAUCGGCUUACGCGACAAAGAUGAUCCAGGUUUCGACUUUAGGACUAACAGCUGGAGAUGCAGUUGUCGACCCAUUUGACAAGAUUUCAGACGUUACUGAUGAUCGGGCCCACCUCCCUCUUCCAUGCUGGAGAAUGUUGGGGCAUAUUGGGCUUAAUCCUGUAUGA